ACAACAACAACAAUCGAGAAAGCGAAGAAAUAAACAAAUAAUUUAAAUUAAAAAUCCACUCGCCGGAGACGCCGUCGUCUCGACGCCGGUGCUCCAAAAAAAAAAUGAAACGGAAAGGAGUCGGAUUCUCUCUCCCCGUCACGGUGGUGAUGUUGGUGAUCGGUUUCAUCUACUUUGCCUCGGUUUUCACUUUCAUCGAUCGGUGGUUCAGCCUCACUUCGUCUCCUGGAAUAGCUAACGCCGCCGUGUUCACCGCUUUGGCUCUGAUGUGUGUAUACAAUUACUCCAUCGCGGUUUUCAGGGAUCCGGGUCGGGUUCCACUCAAUUACAUGCCAGAUGUUGAAGAUCCGGAGAGUCCUGUUCACGAGAUUAAACGCAAGGGAGGAGAUUUGAGGUAUUGCCAAAAGUGUUCACAUUUCAAACCUCCGCGAGCUCACCAUUGUCGAGUUUGCAAAAGAUGUGUGCUUAGAAUGGACCACCAUUGUAUUUGGAUCAACAACUGUGUAGGACACACCAACUACAAGGUCUUCUUUGUCUUUGUUGUCUAUGCGGUGACUGCAUGUGUAUACUCCCUGGUUUUACUUGUGGGAAGCCUUACUGUUGAACCUCAAGAUGAAGAGGAAGAGAUGGGAAGCUAUUUAAGAACUAUAUAUGUAAUUUCAGCUUUUCUUCUUAUCCCAUUGAGCAUUGCGUUAGGUGUUCUUCUCGGGUGGCACAUCUACCUCAUUUUACAAAACAAAACGACUAUCGAGUACCAUGAAGGAGUGAGAGCUAUGUGGUUAGCAGAGAAAGGUGGGCAAGUCUAUAAGCAUCCAUAUGACAUUGGCGCAUAUGAAAACCUAACCUUGAUUUUGGGUCCGAACAUACUUUCUUGGCUCUGCCCUACGUCAAGGCAUAUCGGUUCUGGUGUGCGUUUUCGUACAGCUUUUGAUUCAAUCCCUACUUCAUCUGAAACAAAACCUUAGCCAAGACCCAAAUCAUGUAUUCCUCUCUUACUGGGGAGUUCCAUCGAAAAGGCUGCAGAUUUUUAACUUCACAGCACUCUGGCUUGUCCGUUUUCAAGCAUUUUAGCCGGCUCAGCUUAAAACCAAGACUAGCCCGUAAUCAGUAGUAGACUCUGCUUGACAAGGUUCUCUCUCUCGCAUCAUUGUUAACUGGAUCAAGAGCAUCCGUUUGUGAAAAUUAUGGUAUCGGUUAGGUAUUUUCCUUGUUUUUCUUUGGAUUCCUCACAAAUGAAAAGGAAGGUAGGUU